AUGGCUAAAAUAAGCAGCCAGCAGAUAUCUGAGCUCCUACUUGAAGCUGAACAGCGCCUAGAGGGAGCUUCUGCAUCGACAGUUCCAACAAGCGAUGUUGUCGUGGACGAGGCGCAGGCUGUUCCCCCUGUCACUGCUGCAGUGCCAGGCGGCAAAGAAGGAUCUGUUCGUAUUGCACAACAUUAUAAGGCCAGCGGCUCGAAAGCCAAGGACUCCGCCGGCUCCGACUGGUUUGACCUCCCCAAGACAGUUCUAACUCCAGAGUUCAAAAGAGACUGGCAAGUUCUCCGUAUGCGCGGCUUGCUAGACCCGAAACACCAGAAAAAGGCUCUGAGGGCAGAAGCUCCGAAAUAUUCGCAAGUUGGCCAGAUCAUCGAAGGCCCUACCGAUUUCUUCAGCGCGAGGCUUACUCGAAAGGAAAGACAACAGACUAUUUUCGGCGAAGUUAUGAAAGACCAUGCACGCGACAAGCUGAAGUCGAAGUAUGGCGCGAUCCAAAAGAAGCAAAUGUCUGGCAAGAAGGCGUUUUAUCAGGAGCUUGUUGCCCAGCGGCGAAAGGGUCGUGGCUGA